CAGAAAGGAAGCAAACAGUGACAGCAGAUAUUAUUCUCCUCUGCAAAAUUUAAGCCCGAGCUGAGUUCUUUAACACAUUAUCGAGUGAUUUUCGCGUUAAACAUCUGCAUUAUAGGUAUUGGUCCCAGUUAAAGCCUUUGUUAUCUCGUGCUUCGCUAAUUGGUCCUUCGUCAUUCGCGGCUGCGUGUUUAUUGUUUCAUGUUGAUCCUGGAUUCUGGCGCGAGAUUUAUCACCAGUAUUAUGGCUUGAUCGAUGUCGUCUCUUGUAAACGGACGAAUUGAACAGUAUAUUGCAAGAUUCUUAGGCUUGAACAAGUUAUCUUUCUUCCUGAUGCACGUCAUUUAUGGUAUACAUGAACUGAUUCCCUCAGAAAAUGGCUGAAUUUGGAAAGGUUUCCUCCGCAGUGAAUCGCGAUCAAGAUGACAUAGAUCUCGAACAGGUAAGCUUUUAAAUGCUAUCGAACUAUUUUAAUUGCAUUUUGAUGACAUCUUUUUUUGAACUGAUAGGUCAAGCCACAAAACCGCGUAGAUAACGAUGAAUUUAGGAAGGUUUUCGAUCGGCCAUAUGUAGCGCCGAGGCCUUCAGAAUCAGGAUAUGAUCCCAGUAGCGAAGUCCAAACCUCUCAUUACGACUACAACUUUGAUGAAAAAGAUUACAAAAGUAAGUUGACAAUUUUGUAUUCCUUCUAGAAAAUUGCUUUUAUUGACCAUGUAUUUACUGUGUUAUUAAUUUAGCAAUUAUCUUUUUUUCUAAAACCCUUAAGAAUGUACUUCGUUUUGGUCAGAUGUUAGCCUAAAUAAGCUUUUCUUAAUAUUGUAAAAUCGUAAACACCAUAUAUGAUGGUCAUGAUUUAGCUCUUUGCGAUAUUGCUGGUUAAGCAUGUUUGAGACUAUGACUCUUCCAGAUAGUUUAGAAUACUUGAUCAGAUUUGCAACCUAUACGCGUUUGAAUAUUUGGUUUGUUCUAAGCUAAAAUAAGAACUAACAUGUUUUGUGUCAGUGAACCAUGUGAUCUCAGACAGUAAACCGUUCCAACAAAGGUUGGAAAGGGCGACUUUUAUCUUUUUUUAUGGAAAUCAGCUGUCCUUUUAAAUCUAAGGGUGGAUUUCUCUUGUCGGGUAAUUUUUACAUGCAUGUACAUGUAAAAUUUUACUGGCAUAAAUAAAAUAGAGGCAAGACAAGGAAAAAUUAAAGCUAUGUUCAUUCAAUGGAGUGUUGAGCUAAACAUGAAGUUUAGUGAGGUUCAACUUUGUUGUUUACGCCAACCAUUCGUACACUGCCUCUAUUUUAUUUGCAAACGUAAAUUUUGUGCACUUACACACGUACAAAUUGCGCAGGAGUGGAAAUCCACCCUUACAGAAGACCAUUUUUCAUGCAUUGGAAAGUAUCCUAAAAUGUUACCUAGGAAGUGGCCAUUUCUGCAUUCUGGUAAAACAUAAUUUUUCCUGACAGGGCAGAAAAUUACAAGAAAAAACCCACUCUCCACUAGAUUGAAUUCUCUAUAUAUGAUAGGGAAGGAAAAGGAACCACUGUGUGCUGCACAUGCGUUAAUCGUGCAUUAUAAAAUGGAAUGCACUGUUCUAAGUUAUAAAGGUCAACUAUACUAAAAAUAUAAUAAAGUAAUAUUCUUGCAUGAAGCGCUUAUGAUUUCAGGAUGAUCAGAAGUUUUUCAAAUGGGAAGUUUAAUAGUUGAAGUUAGUGGCUGAUUUUACCGUCUUUUACUACAUAAUAAUAAUAAGAAGACGAAUAUAGCACAGCAGAGUAGCUAGCCUGGCCAUGAUCUUACUAGACCAAAUAGCUUUUGGGCCAGCGCGAAAACCAUACCAGAUAGUGGUGUUAAAUCCAGACCUUCAGAUAAGGGGGGGUCAUCCAGACCCUGAGAUAAGGGGGGAACCUCAGUCUCAAAAAAAAUUUUAUUCAGCCCCUCGGGCCUCAGUUUGGUCUAAUAAUAAUAAGGGAGUCCGGGGGGCCCUCCCAUUGAUCCACCACCAGAUACAGCUCCUGUUCACACGUAAGAAUGGUGCUUUUGGCGUGAUUUCUGUAACGGAGCAAAGCUGUGCUGCGCUGUGUCAAUCUCUAAAGUAGAUGGUCACAUAUUGGAUAGUUGUUAUACUGGAUAGCUUUUCAUGUUGGCAUGAAAAGCUGUCCCGUAUAGGGUGAACAUAUCCUUAAAAUAAGUGUCAAAUUUUCUGGGGUUGUCAACUGACAGUGUUAAAUGACCUGAAGCCAGUUCUUUAGCUAGCAGUGGUUUGUGCCCCUGGCAGCUUAUUUUUACUUUUGGACAAGAAGAGACUUUUUUCCAUAAACACGGUAUGAUUGCACAUGUUCAUAGCCCAUGUACUGAUAAUUAAAUUUUAUCUCCUUUUCCUUUGUUGCACACAGAAAAGGAUCUGCAUGUAAUUAUAGCAAAGAAAAUAGGAAACAUGUGCACACAAAUUUAUUUAGUUGCCAGAGAGGGGCUUAAACCUCAGUCCUAACAGUCUCAGGUUUUAAUAUUUUCUCAUCUCAUAAUAAUAAAAUAAGAUCUUGCAUAAUUUGGGCACCCUCGGCUGAGUAUUGGUCUACACUAUUAACCCGUAAUCAGUGGACAUGUCAACCAACAUUAGUAGCCAGCUCUCGGUGUACAAUUCAGUUGACAUCAGUUGGCCGUGUGUUGGCCAACAUGCCGAUCUAAGUAUUGGCCAAUAGUGUCAACCUAUACUCAGCUGAGGGGUGCUGAAAUUACACAACACCAUAAAGUAUUUUGUAAUAAGUAUUAUUUGAUCGGGAAUGGUAAUGAUCUCCUGUUUUUUUCUAGGUCGUCGAAUAUCUUCUACCAGGUACCAUGAACCUUUGCAAAGAAUUCACUCCCGUUCCCGUUUGCACAAGCUAGACAAAACCGAUGGCAGCUCAAGAAAGGAAAAGAGAAAAUCUCGAGAGCUGAGAGAGGUUAAUGUUUUACCAAAAAUCAAUGAAGGACAAGAGCAUAAAGGUCAUUACAGUGAUUCAGAUGAAAGGCCUCGCAGCUUGACAGAUUUUCCUUCAGUUAAGAAGCGUCAUCAUCAUCAUCAUAGACAUCAUAGCCGGCAUCAUCAUGAACCAAAAGAUGUCAAGGAUAAGAAAGAAAAUAAAGAUGCUAAGGAUCUCAAAGAUCUCCGAGAGAAAUCUCACCAUCAUCAUCAUCGGCACCAUCAUCAUCGUCGUCCCCCAAUACCUGCUGUUCAUCAACACAGGACCAUUUCCGAGAGGGAGCAGCUUCAAUCUCGGCUUCGUUCUGGGGCUCUAACACUGCGAGAGAUCGAACCCAUCCAAGAACGUUUAGCUACUGAAACAGAUGAAGCAAGCCAGUUGGCUAAAAGAGAUUUAGAAGAGAUGGCAUGUAAGUUAUGAUAAUUUAGACAGAUAUUUUACUAGUGGCUCUUUUAUAACCAGAACUACAGUUAGCUUUUGCUUAUAAGACCCCCUCUCCCCCCACCUCUCCCCAGUAUAUAGGCCCAUCUACCGAUCUACCUGUGGACAAAAAUACAUCAAUUAUGUGCACCUCCGAAUAUAAAUGUUUAGACCAAAGUCCUAGGCUUGCAGCCUUAUUUGCCUGGAGCAAAAUGCUUAGAUAGUGCAAACCACUCCCUGUCCCACCCCCAUUACUGUGACUGCUUUAAAAAAGGAUGUUUUCCUCAGGGCAUCGUUUUGAGGACCUCAGAGGAUUGAGAAGGCGCCGCCCCCAUCUUCCACGCCAUAAAUCUGGGAUGAAAACACAUUUUAGCCACACAGAUAUCAGCAAAAGUCUUCAACGAUUUCCUGUCAAGUAUGAUCAUAGCCCUCGUGAGGUAAAGUGAAUAAAUCCUUUAAGCCCUGAGAGUGAUCAGCAUCAAAUUUCUCCUUAUAAUAUCAGUGGUUUGUAAAACAGAGUAGUCAUGAGAAUUACAGACAUGAUCACUCAAGACGAAUUUGCUUGAUAUUUUAUCAACUUCUUCCCACUACUUCUGUAGGAAAUGAAUAGGGGCAGCAAUUGAGAAUUCAAACUUUGAUCUUAGGGGUUAAAGGGUUAAUGGAAUUCUUCUUUGAGCAGUUUGAAGAUUAAAUAUAUAACUGUUCAAUGAUUGUCUUUGAAUUCAACAGAGGAAUUAAGUCACAUCUUGCAUGUUGUUUGUGUUGUGGUUAUAAACAAUACGCUCUUGAAAUUGCUUAAAUCCUAGCAGUGUGUGGAACACUUGCCAAACAUUAACCUUUUAUAUGGCAUAUUGCUUUGCGUGAGUCUCUUGGUGGCUCAGGGGAGGAUUGACGUUGCUUUAGUAACCGUUUAUUAAAAGCCCUGAAAGUGAUCAGCAUCAAAUUUCUCCAUGUAAUGUCAACAGUUUAGUAGUGAGAAUUACGGACAUGAUCACACAAGAUGAAUUUGCUUGAUAUUUUAUCAACUUCUCCCCACUACUUCAGUACAAAAUGAAUUUGGGUAACAAAUGAGAAUUCAAACUUUGGUCAUAGGGUUUAAGGGUUAAAUUAUCUUUCAGGCAUUCAUAGAGUUGGAACAACUAACAAAGCAUGGAGAAGAAAUGGAGUGGAAAGAGACUGCACGUUGGAUCAAGUUUGAAGAAGAUGUUGAAGAGUCCAAUCGAUGGGGAAAACCACACGUAGCUUCACUUACAUUUCACAGUCUCCUGGAAUUACGCAAAGGAUUGGAAAAAGGUGAAUAGUUCUUUUCUUUUUUGGUGCAAGAAGUCAGCUACAAAAGAGCUGAAAGCUACUAAAAGCAGGCAGGCACUAACUGUCACAGUAUGCAUUGUUUUGUGCAAAUGGCCUGGGGCCUUGUUCUGGUCUUUGUGUUCUUUCACCUUGUAACACUUGGUAUUAAAAAAGUUGUUUUCGUUUAUAUCAUCAGUUAUAUGUCAUCUUGUCCUCAAUAUCUUCAAACUAAUAGGUCAGACAGAAGAAGGUGGAUGGGGAAAUGAAAAGUCUUGUCUGAUCUGGCUUUUCAGGAAAUAGAUUUUCUGCUUUGCAGUCAGCGGAAAGGCAAGAGUUUAGCUAUUACAGGUUAAAAUUAUAUUCAGGUUAAAAUGUUUUAACCUAGGUUGAUUCUCAAUUUCCUUUGUCCCUUAGCCCUAAUUCAUUAAUUUAUUGUUAGGGUUAGGAGACAAAGAAAAUUGAGAAUCAACCUAGGUUAAAAAAUUCUAACCUGAAUUUAGUUCUGACCUGUAACAAUAGUCAAGUCAAGUGAACUAAGACAAGCUUUUCACAGUGUAUGCCCCAAUUUAUCGUUGCGUUUCAUUAAGGUACUUUAACCCCCUGUUAAAGCAAACUAAGAAAUUUUUGUCUUCAAUAAAUCUGUUUCUUUUUUCUUAAACAGGAACUGUGUUACUGGACCUUGAGAAAUUUGAUUUGCCAAGCAUCGCUGAAGCUGUUGUGGAAAACAUGGUCAUCACCGACCAAUUGAGCCAAACAAACAGUAACAAAGUUCUGGCAGCUUUACUUUUACGACACAGGCAUCAGCAUCAACUGACCCCUCCCAUGCCAAGACGUCCUUCAUCUUACAAUCUUCUGGGGAUGGCGAAGAAGGAGUCUAAAACCUCAUUCCCUCCAGUUGAUUCUGAACAUAAAAUACCUGUAGCAGAGACCGAAGGUGAAACAGUGGAAGAUGGCACCAUUCGGUUAAAAAUUGAUGAUUCUUUUGAUGAUGUGGCUUUCCAAGAAAUGAGCCAGGUACUGAAAAAUCCUGAUGCAUAUUACAUAUAAAGCUAUUCAUAAAAUUUUUGUGUGUAAUCUUUCUGAGAAAGUGGAGAAAUGUUCGGCUUUGUAUAGACAAGCCUUUGUUUGACCAUAUUCCGGAAUUAAAAAUAAAUUAAUAGUAAACUUUUGAGAUCACUCGGUUGAGUAUUCACAACACCAUUAAUCCUGUAACUCUGGUCGAAAUACAGCUUUGAAAUACCAUUAGCUUUGCAGUGGUCCACAAAUCUUGGCAAGAGAGAUUUGUUACAAAAUUUCUGUCUAUUUUUAUUCUGGAAUACAAUCAAUCAAACAUGCACUUAUUGUCUUACAUUGAUUGAAUAAAUGCAAAACCAAUAGUCUCUUAAGUUUUUGAUCCACUUAGCAAACAUGUAUGACCCUGUUUGUAUCCUAAUAUAGUACUUCCCUUUUGACAGUUGCCACUGACAACAGAUGACAACAAAGAGCAAAAGCCCGACGUCACGUUUGCCCCAGAGCCAGUUGUCGAGGGAGGCAAAGGAGUAAAACAAGAAUCAGACGUGAAAGGAAAAAUUCCCGAGGGUGCGGAGGCCACAACGGUACUUGUGGGUACACUUGAUGAACUUGAGCACUCGGUGUUGGCAUUUGUUCGCCUUGCUAAGGGCUGUGACCUGAACAUUACUGAAGUUUCUAUUCCUGUCCGAUUCUUGUUUGUCUUGUUGGGACCAAGUUCUGGCGAAGAGUCAUAUCAUGAAAUUGGACGAUCUGUUGCUACCUUAAUGUCAGACAAGGCGAGUCAUUCAUUUGAUUUAAGAGGCAUUGUCGAAUUUAUUUGUAUAAGUGUACCAUCUUUACUUGAAUAAGCACUGCCUCUGAUUAAGUGCUGCCUUCAAUAAAUGUUUGAUUGAAUCCAGGUACCAUUCAGUUUACAUACACAGUAGAGGCUUCGAAUAUUUCAAUAUUUAACCUCUGAUUUUUGUAUUGGAUGUUCUUUUAGGCCUUUCACGACAUUGCUUACCGUGCGGACUCCCGUGAGGAUCUCUUGACGGCUAUAAAUGGUUUUCUGAGUGAUACAGUUGUUUUACCACCUGGAGAGUGGGAUCGUAAUGUCCUUUUGCCCAUUCUCAUAGAGCAGAGCAGAGCCCUGGCACGGAGAAAAAAGAUGGCGAAGGCUGGUAAGAGCCUAAUCAGGUUUUCAAACAGGGAGCCCUGGAGUCAAGCUCUCCCUUACAUGGUGCAUAGAAAGUCAAUUUUAAACUUUGCCUUCGCGAACAUGUUUUAGCCCAGUAGCCAUUUUAACUAGGCUGAAAAAAAACUGUUUGAUGAGCAGGAUAAUGUAUUACUCCUUAUCAAUAUUAAUUACAGUACAAGCAGUAUUAUUUCUUGCUUUUUAUUAAUUCAUUGUAAUGAUAAGUGUCAGUAAUAUUUUCACAAUGUCAGGUCAGCUUGAAGACCAGUUCUCAAUCCACAUGAAUGUAUUAGGAAUUUAAACGAAUUUGUCGUACGGUACUUUGGAAUAAUAAUGAUUUUUAAUCUCCCAAAAAAUCUUCACUCACCUGUUGGGCAAGUGGAAAACGGAAUUCACUAGCCCGAAUGUCACAUCAAGGAGCCCCAGGCUUGUGGAUGCAGCUCUCUCUCUAUGCUGCCAUAAGGUUAUUAGCAAUCAUGUGAAUUUACCUCAAAUUUCUUUUUAAAAUGGAUGUCCACCGGACACCUGGACUCCCUUUCUGUCUAAUUUUAUAAUGGUCACUCUUAAGACUUAAGGGGUGAAGUGUAGAGGCUGAACCUAGGUUGGUAAGGGCCACAAGUUUAUUAGCCUUGGGCUAUUAAGUGUUACCCUUGUUAAAUGAAGGCAUUAUUUAUUUAUUUACAGGGUUGUCAUUAAGAGCUGGGGGCGGGGGUUUUUCUCCGGCUACUAAGGGAGUGGCCCCCGGCUACUUUUAUUGGAAAAUAGAAGAAAAAUAGAGCAAAAAGAAAUCCCUAGCCGUUUGAUUCCCCGCCUACUUGUUGUAUUUACCCGGCAACUUGAAAUCUUAGUGACAACCCUGAUUUAUUUAUUUAUUUAUUUAUAUAAAGAGCAUUCUUUGUUUUCAGCUCUUGCAGCAGUUGCAGAGGAAGAAGAAGAUGAUCCUCUGGAGCGAACAGGUUCCUUUUGUGGUGGACUUAUCCAGGAUGUCAAACGACGGACCAAAGUUUACCUCAGUGACUUCACAGAUGGUUUUAAUAUGCAGUGUCUUUUGACGUCAAUAUUUCUCUACUUCUCCGUCUUUGCACCCAAUGUUGCAUUUGGGAGUAUUCUAGCCAAGAAGACUGAUGGUUGGUUGGGAGUCUCGGAAGUCAUCUUCGCAACUUGCCUUUGUGGAGUACUGUUCGGAUUGUUUGCGGGGCAGCCUUUGAUUAUCAUUGGAACCACUGGCCCUGUACUAGUGUUUGAACAAACUAUAUACAAUGUAAGUACCACAAUAUUCAUAUGCUUUGAUUGGUGUUUCUUCACUAGUAUUGCAAAAACUGUUGUUGGCUCGCUGUUUAGUGUCCUUUUAAUCUCUUGUAUUAUCUUUUAUUUUUCUGUAUCAUUAUUAUUAUUAUUAUUAAUUUCAGAUAAAUAUAGAUAACUUAUUAGUACCAUUUAUUAGUAACAUUUUAGACAUUUUUGUAAAUGCAUUGAGGCAUAUGCGAAAUGCGUAAUAAGCACCACUGUUAUUAUUAUUAUUGUUACUAUUAUUACAUCAUCUGGUGAUGACACCUGUCUGCAACAACUGCCUUUCUUAGUGACUAGGUGAGUGCAUGAAAGCUUCCAGUUUUGGCACAGCCAACCCCUACAUAGAAUUAAAUGGCCAUGACUGGUAAAUCUCCAUGUCCUAGCCAUGCAUGAGCCCAAUGUCCCAUCAUCAAGUAUCAGUGACAAAGAUGUGGUGAAAAAUGGUGGUGGGAGGUGGGGGGUGUUGGGGGGCUGGUGGUGGCAGGUAGGUGAGAUGCAAGGGCUUAAUAUCUUGAAAUUUAUUUUGCCCAAAGAACUGAAAUCAAAGUUGUUUGAUGUCGUCAUACUUUUUUCAGUAACUUGUUAUCAAAUAUCUUUAGUUUAAAAUUUCAGAUCCUUUCUGGAUAACAGCCCACCUACGAGAAAUAAGUGUUAAUGUUGACCUAAGGGAGGGGUAGGUGGUCCGUUACCCAGAAACCACAAUUGAUCAUAAAGUUCAUUGCUUUAGGCAGAUAUUAUGCUUGGCUAAAUUUCUUUCACUUUUUUUCAUGCUAGUUUUGUAACAGUUAUCAAGUGGAGUUCCUUGUGUGGCGCUGUUGGAUUGGCUUCUGGGUCAUGAUUAUUCUUUUUGGUGUAGUCGCACUGGAAGGUUGCUUUUUAGUGCGUUACUUCACGCGUUUUACUGAAGAAAUAUUUGCUACCCUUAUCUCUGCAAUUUUCAUCUAUGAAGCUAUUCACUUUUUAGAAGAGGUAAGAAUAUUACUAGUUUGUUGCAAUUCUGUUUGUGGUAUCUGAGUUUCCUUUAACAGAAACCUUAUGCGUAUGAGUUCUAUUGAAGUUUAAUACUCAACUAAUAAUAUAGUUAAGCUAAUGAAUCAGCGGAGGGGUUUUUGGAAGGUUUUGCGAGCCUUAUAUAAUAAUUAAAUAUGAGUACCAGUAAGCAAUAUUAACUGCUAAAGAGGAAGGGGAUUAUUUCAAUGGCAUGUAACUGUCAAACUGUCAGCCUGACCAUCAGUGCCUUAUUUCUCCUAGCAAUGUCACUGCGGGAAUCAAUUCGCCACUUUAAAAACGAGAACAAAACAGAGCUGAGUUAGCUUUCGCAAAGACUUUUGAGAUCGUUACUCAGGGUUUGCAAAUUUUAUUGAUGAGUGGAGUCAGUGUGACUUCUGCUUCACAAAUUUUGGGGUCAUUUUGGAAUAUUUGGAGUCAAGUAUGAGACUUUCGAGCACGUGGUCCUGGCAUGUAUACACUAUCAUGAGGGAUACAUGAAGUAGCUGUGGCGGUCCGCUGACCUGGAAAGGUCAAAUCCAUGAUGGCGGUCAUCGAGUAAAAUUUGAUCGUAAUUUACCCUCUUCCUGUUUUGUUGUGCAGUAUAAUUCUUUAAUUUUGAUGAUUUAAUUAAGGUUUACAAUGUUUACAAUAAACAUAAAUUGUAUUUGUUGCAAAAAAGGUAAGGACAAAACUGUCUUUGUUACCGAAAAUUUCUGGAGUCGAAGUGGCUCCCUGUUUGUUACUAAAAAUUUUUGGAGUCGAGGUGACUCCCUCCAUAACCUCAGUGGAGUCAUCUGAACAAUAAAUUUUGGUGUAAAAUACGACAAAUUUGGCGUAUUUGCGAACCCUGGUUACUGGGGACGUCAUUCAGCUAUUUGCUAAUUUGUUUACUGUGUCCACAUUUACAAUGCCAGAAGUCUUUGCAAAAGUUUACUUGGCCCUUCUCGUUUCUAAAGUGGCUAAUCAAAGAAAAUGGUCAUAAAAACAUAGAAUUCCUUGAUUUGUAAACAAAAUACUCAGGGCUGUCAAGAAGCUAAGAGCUGGAACAAAAAUCAACCAGAAGAACUUCUAUACUGUUUAUUUCCUUCCUUCAUUUCAUUUCAUUUCACUUAUUUUUCCAUUUCAUUACAAAUAGUACAAGAUAAAUCACAUACUAACGUUAGAGCUUAAGUCGUAGAAAGUUUACAAUACUGCAAUAAACUACAGUUAAGAUCAUUACUUUUAAAUAAGGUUGUCACAAAAAGAAGAAAAAAAAUUGAAGAAUGGAAAGGAGAGGGGCCCAUCAGGGUUAAUUAAUAUUGUGCCCCUAAAAUAAUGUAAUAUUAGAAACUAUUUUUAAUUAGGUUCUAAAAAAACAGUGAUUUAGUAAGUUUUUUAGUUGGUUUAUUUCUGACUGAUUGCGGAAUACCAUAUAUUCCAAGAAAACCUUCCAGUACAGUCCUAGGGGAAAAUCUCCUUCAGUUUGUUUGAAAUGAAGGUAUAACUGUUGUCUACUAAAAAAUUAUAAAUUGUACAUACUGAUCCACUUAAAAUCUUCCCGAUAGCUCUGCUCUACUAAGUGUCUUCAUCAACAGUGAAUGAAAUGUAGGGAGCACUGUGUGGAAAAUAUUGAACAUAAUCAUUACAUUUCCAGGUGUUCAAGAAGGACCCUCUGGAGAAGUCUUACUCAGAAGUCCCUUGUGAUGGAACAAAACAGACCAAAGGGCGGCCAAACACUGCCUUGCUUUCCACUAUUCUGGUCCUUGGAACCUUCUUUGUUGCUUUCUAUAUGCGCAAGCUGAGAACAAGUUACUUUUUUGGAAAAAGGGUUUGUGUAAUCAUAGUUGAGUCUUAAUAAUGCGUAUUGUCGAUGUCCGUAUGUAAAUAGAAUUUAUAUUAUGUUGCAGGUAAAUUCUUUUUCGAAGAAAACUUUGUUUUCUAUGGUUUUUUUUAAUUGCUUAUAAGGACUAGCCAUCUUUAACUAAAAUUAUUGUUUUCUUUCAUUAGGCCAGGAGACUUGUCAGCGACUUUGGAAUUGUCAUUGCUAUGGCUUCCAUGUUGCUUCUUGACAUCUUUGUUCAUGACAAAGUCACAACACAAAAGAUUUCCAUUGGUGAUCCAUUUCAUACUGGCUUCACACCAUCACGAAAUAAAGACAGAGGAUGGUUUAUUAAUCCCGGGGGGAUGACAAAGCCAAUGGGAUCUGGUUGGAUUUUUGCCGCUAUAAUUCCUGCUUUGUUCAUUGGAAUUUUGUUAUUUAUGGAAACUGAACUAACUGGAGUUCUUAUAAACAAGAAAGAAAACAAACUUCUCAAAGGAGCAGGCUUCAAUUUAGACCUGUGUGUGAUGGGACUGUUGUCGUUUAUUUGUUCGUUAAUGGGAUUGCCUUGGAUGUGUGCCGCAACUGUGCGCUCAGUCUCUCACCUGCAGUCAUUGACAAUUUGGAGUACAUCUCAUGCGCCUGGUGUAAAACCUCACAUUGUUGAAGUAAAAGAGCAAAGAGUCACCAACAUUGCUAUACAUGUACUCACAGGUAAGAAUUGGGAUUGACUUGAAUCAGCUAUACUACAUAUCAACGUAUUCAGCUUUAUUUCAUGUAGGUCAGUUUUAGAGCUAAAACAUACUAAAAAUGUAGUAACAUGUGUUUUGUAAUUUUGGUGAUUGGAAGAAAUCUCUGCUAACCACACUUUUCUACCUAAUACUCAGGGUGCCAACAAAGUCAGUUUUACAGCCUGCCAUUCGGGCAAGCUGUAGCUAGCAUCUACUAGCCCACAAGUCAUUUCAACUAGCCCCAAAACCCUUUUUGAUUGGCAGGAUUGAUUACAAUCCUUCUGUAUUUUGAACUUCAUCCAAAAGCAGCACUUGCCUGUCGGACAAGUUAAGAACAAAACUCACUAGCCCGAUAGAAAAAUCCACGAGCCCCAGGCUAUGGGACACGACUUUCUUUGCACACUAAUACUACUACUACUAAAUAAUUAUUUUUGUUGUUGUUGUUGUGGUUAUUGUUAGUGUUUAGUUCAUGAUACAGAAUUAUUAUUAUUAUUAUUAUUAUUAUUAUUAUUAUUUAUUAAUACACUUAAUUUAAAGAGGGUAGCACGGAAUAGUUACAGAAACUAGUAAACUUGUGGCCCUCUAUCUAAAUUAAAAUUACAAAAAGCAUAAGAUUCAGAAUAUACAAAGUCUAAGUACAAAAUAAAUAAAACUAAGGAAAUAUAAAAGUUCUACAUCAAUAUGAAUGAGUAUAAGAGGUAAUGAUACGUUUAGUGAAAUACAUUAACGAAUAUGAUUAAACUAUGAAAUGGUGUAAUUCCUGCUACUCUUUAAAAUUAUAAGAUAUUUCGAUAAUUAUUCGUAAAGGAUUCUAGUGAUACUGCAUUUCUAAGGUCUAGACCUACCGCUACCGCCUUUGGUGACCCGAUUAAAUUUUGGGCAAAUAAAAUUUAUAUUACUAUAUCUAGUUACACAACUAUGUUGCUGACUGUUUACUAGCUAUAAACACAUUUUCACUUGUGUUUCACUUGUGUUACAGGUAUCUCAAUUCUCUUAGCUCCAGCGCUUAAUCGCAUUCCUGUGCCUGUUAUGUUUGGUGUACUUUUGUAUCUUGGUGUGUGUUCGCUGUCUGGUAUCCAACUGAUAGACAGGUUAAUCAUGAUGUUUAUGCCACCCAAAUAUCACCCAGAUGUCCAAUAUGUUAGAAAGGUAUGAAUUAGUUCGGUUUGAUAAGAUGAACUUCUGGGCAGCAGGCCGCUGUCUCAAACCCUGGCCUGACCAACACUCAGGGUCUUAGAAUAACUGGGGAGAAAAAGUCGCCUUUGUAAAGACAUUUGUAAAUAGUUAGACUUCCUAGUCUUCUCAGAUAAAGACGAUAAACCAUAAGCCCUGUCUCACAACCCUUGCUCAUAUAAACUCUGUGGGAAGUUUUAAGAACCGUGCACUAGACUUGGACCCCUGGAGCCUUGUUAGAUCCGAGUAGCUUUGACAUGGAUUCAAUUUCAGAAAUUUCAGUAUUCAAAUUCCAUAUCCAAAAUUCUCCAGACCGAUCUCCAUACAUUUCUUUUAAAAGUAGUUGAGAGAAUUUGGUUCAUGAUCAAAGUGUUCUCCCUUUGGUAAUCAAUUUAGUAAUUCUCAUAACCUUUACAUUUGGUACAUUUAACUUAGUUAUGAUCAUCUAUUUAUCUGCUGAUCAUUGGCCAGUGAGCUUGAUGGCUGCUUUUUUUCUAGCUCUACUAGACUUCAAUUAAUUUUUCUAUUUUUUCUGUUUUUUUUACUUACUUUUUUAACAAAAAACAUGAGAACUUAGGAACGAAGAAUGUCCCCAAAAAGAAGAAAGCAAAAGUUUCCUAAUAUACCUAUUUCACUAGUAUCUGAACUACAGAAUUGCAUCAUUUAAUCAAGUAGUCAUACUCUCAUUUUGAACUAAUCUCGGGAGAUUCUGCCCAGCGUUAUUGGAAGAUUCUUUUGGAAUAGUAUUUUACAAUCAAUCAGAGACAAACCCUCGAAAAAAAUGUUUAGAAAAGCACUUAAGCUGAGAUGACACAAUUUUUAAAGCUGUUUGGGGAAAUCAUUGUUUUUUUGAACUCCACAGUAAAAUAAUAAUGUUAAAUAAUAUUAUUUUAUGACAUGGUUCUUCUAUGGUUAUUUCAGGUGAAAACAAAACAAAUCUAUUUUUACACCAUAAUCCAGUUAAUCUGCUUAGCGCUGCUUGUUGCCGUCAAGUUAACAGUCCUGGCUUCUUCGUUUCCUUUCUUCAUCAUCUGCUUGAUUCCACUGCGGAAAGUGUUACGAAAAUUUUUUGAACAAAGUGAACUUGCAGAGGUAUGUUGGCAAUAGUUUUGAGCCGAGCAUUGUUGCUGUUGCUGUAGGUUUUUUUUGUUUUGUUUUCAGAGAUGCCCUCACAAUAUCCACAUUUUAGUUAAGAGAGAGUGCUAUUAUUCAAAGCACACGUGGUUACCCAUUGUUUUUGUAACCGGUGAUGUACGACGAUUUGUACAAGGGUUCCAGCGACCCCAUAUAGAAACAAGUAACCGCGGCAGUGUUAGCUCAGUCGGUAGAGCGUGUUGACUGCAGAGCGGGAGGUCGCAGGUUCGAUUGCUGGGGCCGGACCAAUACUCGGGGUCUUAAAAUAACCGAGAAAUGAAGGUACUCCCUUUGCACUGAACCAGGCUAGACCUUCGCGUGGCUCGGAUGGUGGUCCCGUCUCCAGUUGGAGACGUAAAAUAUAGUGUCCACAAUUAGUACUUUCGUGCAAAACUUGACAUUCAAAUAAAAAGUGCAAGUGCAAGUGCAAGUCACCUUAUUUAAAGGAGAUUAUGAUACAAAAUAUUCCAACAAAUACUACCUGUAGCAAUAACAUUACGUGAAAUAUACAAGCCAAUAUAAUUAUAUUAUUUACAUUUCAAUAAAAAUUUCAUCACUUUAGAUUUAAAAAUGCAGACAUUUGAAGCACAGCGAUUUCAAAAGGCAGAAUGUUCCAUCUAUCCACUAACCUAUGAAAGAAACGUUUGUAUGAUGUAUAGGCAAUCAUCUGUUGCAAGCUUUGAUCUCUAUUUUUGCCACAGAGAAUGUUCACUAUUAAACAACUUUGUCCAACUAUAUCUACUUGUAUCCUAACUUGGAUACUGUGUACAUUAAAUUCUCUUCCAAGAAGUGGAUGUGUUCAGACCUCUUCUUGAAAGAUAUUCCCUAUGGUUCAAUACACCUCCAACAAGUCACCACUAAAUCUUCACAUUUUGGUGGUCACUUACAGGGGGUUGACCGUAUGUGGGUAAAUAAACUAUUUUAUUGAAUGAUUGUAUAUUUUAAUGUAUUUUUUUUCUUGUGCACAGCUUGACAAUGAAGAACCAGCUGAUGAUGACAGUGACUUUGAUGAAUACGAAAGCGUGUUCUUACCUGUAUAA